AUGGUGGUCCUGGCAGCGAGCAUCGUCAGCCAGAAUGGCAAGGCCCUGGUGUCGAGGCACUAUGCGGAGAUGUCCCGCAUAAGGAUUGAAGGGCUGUUGGCAGCUUUCCCAAAGCUGGUGGGGUCGGGCAAGCAGCAUACCUAUGUGGAGACAGAGAACGUACGCUACGUCUACCAGCCCAUGGAGGGCAUGUACUUGCUGUUGGUCACAAACCGCGGCUCCAACAUCCUGGAGGACCUGGACACCCUGCGCCUGCUGGCCAAGCUGGUCCCAGAGUACGCAGGGCCAGAGGUCGACGAGCCCGCCAUCACGGCGGCCGCGUUCGACCUCAUCUUUGCGUUCGACGAGGUCAUCAGUGCGGGCCACAAGGAGAACAUCACGGUGCAGCAGGUGAAGCAGAACUGCGAGAUGGAGAGCCACGAGGAGAAGCUGCACAAGAUGAUCAUCCAGUCCAAGAUCAAUGAGACCAAGGACCUCAUGAAGCGCAAGGCCAUCGAGAUAGACAAGCACAGGGUGGAGGCGCGGGUUGGCGGCGGCGGCGGCUUGGGGGCCGGCGGGCCCGGGCCGGGCUUCAGCGCAAGCGGCGGCGGCGGCAUCGGCGGCGGCGCAGGCUUUGGCGGCGGCGCGGACCGGGGCAUCAGCCUGGCGCCCAGCAUCGGCGGCGCGAGCUUCGGGGCCAGCAGCGGCGGCGGCGCGCGGGGCGGACUGGGCGCGGGCGCGGGUGGCGCCCCCAAGAAGGGCAUGGUGCUGGGCAAGGCCAAGGGCGGCCCCGCCAGCCUGCUGGAGAGCCUGGCCAAGGAGGAGGGCGUCGCGGUGGCCUCGUUGGAGGCGCCCGUGGCCGUGGCGGCGGCAGCCGCGGGGGCACCCCCGCCUGUCAGCUUCUCAGAGCCCGUGUUUGCCGCUAUUGACGAGAAGCUGAGCUGCAUCCUCAGCAGGCAGGGCGGGGUGGAGUCACUGGAGGUGCAGGGCACACUCAGCCUCAUCGUGGCCAGCGAGGCGGACGCGUACAUCCGCGCCAAGGUGCGGCAGGGGGCCAACCAGGGGUACCAGUUCAAGACGCACCCCAACAUCGACAAGGCGGCCUACAACUCGGAGGGCGUGCUCGGCCUCAAGGACCCCUCGCGGCCGUUCCCCACGGGCACCGAGCUGGGCGUCCUCAAGUGGCGCUACCAGAGCCGCGACGAGUCGCUGGUGCCGCUGACCAUCAACGCGUGGCCCAGCGCCGCGGGAUCGGAGACCUACGUGAACAUCGAGUACGAGAGCGGCGCACCCUUCGACCUGCAGCGCGUCGUCAUCGCCAUCCCGCUGCCGCACAUGAGCCAUGCGCCCGCGGUCAACCAGUGUGAUGGUGAGUGGCGGUACGACUCGCGCCGCGGCGCGCUGCUGUGGUCGAUCGAGCUGAUCGAUGACACCAACCGCAGCGGCAGCCUGGAGAUGGUCGUGCCGGCCUGCGACCCGGGGGCCUUCUACCCGAUCGAGGUGUCGUUCAGCGCCACGCGCACCAUGUGCGACAUCGACGUCGAGACCGUGGCCAACCUCUCAUCGGGCGAGCCGGCGCGGUACGGCAGCAGCCGGCAGCUCAGCACGUCAGGCUACCAGGUGGUGUGA